AUGGCGGCAGAAAAACCGUCGGUGCUCAUCAUCGGCGGGCUGGGCUAUGUCGGACGGUUCUUAGCCCGAUACAUACACGAGAACGACCUCGCAUCCGAAAUUCGCCUAGUUGACAAAGUCCUACCGCAACUGGCCUGGCUCCCACCCGAGUUCGAGGCCGCAUGUUCCUCCGACAAAUUCAUGCAAGCAGAUGCGAGCAAAGAGCAGGCGCUAGCGCGGAUAUUUGACCGGACCAACGGCAAACAGUGGGAUUUCGUGUUUAACUGCGGCGGCGAGACGAGGUAUUCUCAAGAAGACGAAGUAUACAAAGUACGAUCCCUGGGCCUGUCGUUGGCCGUCGGCAACGAGGCGGCGAGACGAAAAGUUAAGUGCUUUGUGGAGUUAAGCACGGGCAUGGUCUACAAGCCGAACUCGUCGCCCAGCAAAGAGGGCGACAAGCUCAAGCCCUGGAGCAGGAUUGCGGUGUUCAAGCUGCAAGCUGAAGAGGAGUUGGCCAAGAUCGAAGGUUUGAAUCUCGUCGUCGUGCGCCUGCCCCACGUCUACGGGCCGUAUGCGUCGCAAUGGGUAGCGACAGCGCUCUGCAUGGCGCGCGUCUACCAGGCGCUCAAUGAGGAGAUGAAGUGGCUGUGGACCAAAGAUUUGCGCACGAACACAGCCCACAUCGACGAUGUUACACGGGCUCUGUGGGCCGUUGCCGGUUGGUACGACGCGGGCAAGGCCAAUUGGGACGAGAAGAGCAUGGGCCCGGUGCCUAUAUUCAACGUCGUCGACAAAGGCGUGACGAACCAGGGCACGAUUGCCAACAUUAUCGGCCAGGUUUUCGGGAUCGAGACGGGGUUCCAGGGCCAGCUCCUGAGCAACCUCGCCCGCCUCAACAUGGACAGCGUCGUGGACGACGUCAACGACGACGUUCUCGGACCAUGGGCCGAGCUCCUCGCCGAUGCCGGAAUAACGAGACCGGGCCCGCUGACUCCGUUUAUGGAGAAGGAGUUGCUGAAGGACACGGAUCUCAGCAUGGACGGCAGCCGGCUAGAGUCGGUGGUCGGGUUCCAGUACGAGAAGCCGACGAUCACGAAGGAUUUGGUUGUCGAGGUCAUCGAAAGCUACAAGAGGAUGAAAUGGUGGCCGUGA